GUAAAUAAAAAAUAGUAAAAAAUAAAAUAAAAGGAAUAAAAAAACAAAAAAACAAAUAUGAUUAUAAAUAAUAAUAUUAAAUAAAACAAAACAAUAAUAAAUCAAAAAAAUUAAAAUAAAUAUUUAAUUAUUGAAAAUUAGGGAGUGGAGCAUUUGCAACUGUAUACAAAGGAAUAAAUUUAUAAACAUAAGAUUACAUAGCUAUUAAAUAAAUAUAAUCUAGAACUUUUUAGUUAUAACCUGAAUUAUAUAAAUUAUUUAAAUUCGAAGUUGAUGCAUUGAGUAAAAUUAAAAAUUAAAAUGUUGUAGGAUUUGUAGAUUAUUUCUAAUAUUUUGAUUCUCAUUAUUUAGUUUUAGAGUAUUGUACAGAUAAAGAUCUUGAUUAAUUACUAAAAAUAAGAAAAUUUAUUAAAGAAGAUGAAGCUAUUUCAUAUUUUAAAUAACUCCUUAAUGGUAUAAAAGGUUUACAUGAGUUUAAAAUAGUACACCGAGAGUAAAAUAAAAAAAAUCAGAUAAAAAAAUAAUAAUAAAUUAGUUUAAAAUGUCCAAAUAUUCUUAUAAAAAAUUCAGUAUGGAAAAUAGCGGAUUUAGGAUUUGCAAAAAGCCUUGCAGGAAUAGAUUUAACUAAAACAGUUUUAGGAACUCCUUUAACAAUGGCUCCAGAAGUAAUGGAAAAACGACAAUAUGGAUUAGAAGUUGAUGUAUAUAGUUUAGGAGUUAUUUUCUAUUAAAUAUUAUAUAGUAAUUAUCCUUUUAAAGGAAGAAAUGAAAUAGAGUUAUUAAAUAAUAUUAGAAAAGGAGGAUUAAUUAUAGAAACUAAUAUAUAAUAAAUAUCAGAUGAAAUGAAAUCAUUAAUAAAAUCAAUGCUUUAAUAUGAUAGAAAUUAAAGAAUUAAAUGGGUAGAUAUAUAUAAUCAUAAAGUAUUUAAUGAUAAAUUAACAAAUAAAGUAUUAUAAGUAUAGGAUAUUAAUGUUUCCAAUUUUAUUAUUAAUUCCAAUAAAAAAUUCUAUGAAUAAUAUUAAUAAUAGUAAUAACCUAAUUUGUUUCCUCCAAAUCAAGUAAAUAAUAAUGUUUAUGAUAAGUGUUUAUUUAAUAAUAAUAAUAACGAUAUACAAUAAAUGAAAUAAAAUAAUUUAGUUUAAGCAUAAUAAAAAUAUGAGAAGCUUGUAUUGGAAAAUUAACACAAUACGUAUGCUUUAAAUUAAUAAAAAAAUAACUGUGAAUAGUAAUUAAAAGAUAUAUAAAAUUAAAAAAAUCAACCUCUAAUGGUAAAUAAUUAAUAUAUAAUAAAUAAACCAGAAUAAUA